GAAGAAUUCGCAAAUCUCAAACAUGUCUAUUUCUGUGUGAUUUUGCACUUUAGUUUCCACAGGCGUACAUAUUAGAGAUUACAACAUGCCAAGCCUCUUCUCCGACAUUCAUGAUCCUGCAGCAAGAGUGAGGGCUCUUUGUGAGUAUGGCUGUAAAGUUGAAGUGGAUAAAGCUAUCCCCCCUCGUAGAUAUUUCCGGUCAGGUGUGGAAAUGUUAAGAAUGGCUACUCAGUAUCAUAGUGAAGGAGAUCUAGAGAGCGCAUUUGUUCUCUACUCAAAAUAUAUUGCAUUGUUUGUGGAAAAGUUACCAAAGCAUCCUGAAUAUAAAAGCACAUCACCAGAAGAAAGGGAAAGAAAUAAAAAGAAAAUGGUCCAACUGUUUCCACUAGCAGAGCAAGUAAAGAAACAACUGAAAGAAAGGUACAGCAAAGAGGAAGAACUACGCCAGAUAGAACAGAGACGUGUAGAGGAGGAGUUAGCAAAACAACAGGAGCAGGAGAGGAUAGCCCAGGAGGAGCAAAGAGCAAAUGAGGAGCAGAGAAUCCGUAAUGAGCAAGAACGUCAAUACAAAAUCUUACAAGAACAGGAACUAGAACGUCAAAGACAACUUGAACAAGACAAAGAUAAAAUAAAAAAUAUAACUGGUGUAAUAGGUGGUGUGACUAUAGCUGAUGCCGCAGUAAACAUUCCGAUAUCACCUACAGCACCACCUUUAGGGCCGCCCCCAGAUAUAGACAAUUCUAGUCUUCCACCUCCCCCUGCUUAUGGAGAAGUCUACUCAGGGGAGAGCAAGAGAUCAGAUAUUUAUAAAAAGGUACUUCCUGACAUACCUAGUCGAGAUUUGAAGCCCGUGAGUCCUAGUGCUCCCCCUGCAAGUGAUACUGGUGCUAUAACUGCCGGAGCUGGGUCUGUUAUCCCAGAGUAUGAUAGAAGUGCCAAGCCCAACCUUGACCACUUCACCAGUGUAGGUGCCAGCACCAGUAACAAACAUGGACUGAGGAGUGUUAUUGUACCCCAGGAACUCAUGGUGAAGUUCCUCAACAUUGCAAGGUCAAACACAGACAGAAAUAUAGAAACUUGUGGCAUCCUUGCGGGAAAAUUGGCCAGUAAUGUGUUCAAAAUUAGUCAUGUGCUGAUCCCCAAGCAGUCUGGUACCCCUGAUUCCUGUACUACUGCUAAUGAGGAGGAACUGUUUGAUUACCAGGACAAGUAUGAUCUGAUAACACUGGGUUGGAUACAUACCCACCCCACCCAGACUGCCUUUCUGUCCAGUGUAGACCUGCACACCCAUUGCUCUUACCAGCUCAUGAUGCCAGAGGCAAUUGCAAUAGUCUGUGCACCUAAAUAUAAUGAGACAGGUAUAUUUAUGCUGACCCCAGAGUACGGCCUCCAGUUUGUAGCUAAUUGUACACAGACAAAGUUCCACCCACAUCCUAAAGAACCUCCCUUGUUUGAGGAUUGUUGUCAUGUAACUCUCGACCCAACAGCCAGUGUAACAAUGGCAGACCUGCGCAGGUGAUGAUAGAUAAGAUACUAACUCUUGUAGUAUAAGUUACAUGUUUAUAUACUAACUGACCUUCUGAAUGUGGAAUCAAUGGAUGCAAUGGACUUGAUGCAAUAUUAGACUUUCAAAUACGGAAAAUACUAUUAGUGAAAAUAGUGAUUGAAAUCAGCAAAUUUGUAAUUCUUCGCAUAUUACAACCAAAGUACAUGUAUUUUAAUUUGGGAUAGUGGAUGGAGAGCUCUCUCCAAUUGAAACAAUGGAAUAAGAGUCAAUGCAACAGGUAUGC